UCUAUCCUUGUAACUUUCUUUUUUUAUCAUCUCAUGCUUUCCUUCUUUUAUCUUUAUUAAUAUUGAACCCCAUUUGCCUUAAUUUUGUAAUCAUGCAUUGUUCAAGUUGAGGAACAAAAGUGUAGGACAUCACCAAAUCAUAACAUUUAACACUUUUAAGUAUAUACAGACUUUUUUAUUACAUAUAUUUAACUUAACUUUCAUUUGUGGUACUAUAUAUACCUUCAUUUGCCACCUUUCUCUGCAAGAGGAUCACCAUGCUGCAGGAUGUUAUCCACCCUCCAACACAGGCUGAGCAACUCCCCAUUGACGAAAUCUCGAGUCCAAUUAGUGCGCGAAUAUUUGAGCUUUGUCAUGACCCUGAAUUGUUCCCGGAGUCAAUUCAGAAUUCUGAGGUUACCUCCAGCUCAAAUUGUUGCCAUGAAGAGAAUUCCUCAUAUGCAGCUUUAGAUGCAGACAAUAAGAUCAAUAGUACUACUGAAACCAGCACCAUCAAUAACCAAAACACAACAAACAGCAAUAACUUGUCUAUUAUCUUUGAUUCCCAAGAAGAAAUUGAAAAUGACAUAUCUGCUUCCAUUGACUUUUCAUCAUCUCCAGCUUUUGUUCUCCCCAUCACAACAACUCAGCAGGAACAACAAUUUGAUUUCUCUUCAGCAGGUUCAGUUUUGAAGGGUCUCUCUUCUCAGUAUCUCACUGAUCCUGUGGUUGCUGCUGCACCUCUUGUUGGGGCCCCAUUACCAUCUGUUUUUGAUGAUGACUGCAUAUCUUCCAUCCCUUCUUAUCUCCCUCUUAACCCUUCAUCUCCUUCUUGCUCUUAUCUCAGUUCUGCCAUGGGAGUUUACAUGCCUGGGACCCUCAACACUGCUUUGUCUGCUGAUAGUUCUGGGUUGUUUGGUGGGAGCAUUCUACUGGGUUCUGAACUGCAGACACAAGAAUUGGACUACCAGGGAGAAAAUGGUGGAAUAUAUUGUACAGAUUCAAUUCAGCAUAUGUUUAAUCCACCAGACCUUCAGGCACUUGAUGCUGAGAGUCAGAAACUGGUAGCUGGUGCUGGGAGUACUUCUGCCACUUUGGCACCAGAAAUCUCACACUUGGAGGAAUCUACCUUAAAGGUUGGAAAACUUUCUGUUGAGCAAAGGAAAGAAAAGAUUCAUAGAUACAUGAAGAAGAGAAAUCAGAGAAAUUUCAGCAAGAAAAUCAAGUAUGCUUGCCGGAAAACUUUGGCAGAUAGCAGACCCCGGGUCAGAGGGAGGUUUGCAAAGAAUGAUGACUUUGGAGAGACUCAUAGACCAGCUUGUAGCAGUCAUGAAGAAGAUGAUGAAGAAAUAGUUGUGAAAGAAGAUGAUGAUAUGGUUGAUUCCUCAGAUAUCUUUGCCCAUAUCAGUGGGGUGAACUCCUUCAAAUGCAACUAUUCCAUCCACUCUUUGAUUUGAAUUAAUUAAUAGUUGGACUAGUAUACAUAUUCUGUAGCUUCUUUAGAUUUUUGCAGGGCCCUUUUCCAUCCCGGGUUUCUGCUAUCAGGGUUUGAUAGCUUGAGGAAACUGAAUAAUUGGGGUCCAAAUAAUAUACCAAUAAGUGAGUUAGGAACACACAGAAACUAGAAACUGUAUACAUUUUUGCAGAUAUUGUCCUUUUCUAUGUUGUAACUGGGAAGAAGUUUGUAUUAAUACAUGAAAAAUUCCAGUUUCCCCCAA